GGUUGAUAGGACACUGAAGUUUUAAUGCGCAAAUUUCAAGUUUAGUAGCAUUCUGAAGACAGGCAAGUGGACGCAAAGUGUCAUGGUGCGCCUCAAGACACGCUACCUCGUGGUGGAGGCUACGGGCUCUCGCAAGCUGGCGGUCAAGAAGGAAGACAUAUUGGCUCUUAUUCGCGAGUCCAUUACGAAGAGCUAUGGGGAUUUUGGCUCCGGUUUGUCCCAGUACGCGUUCCAAGUGUUAUACUACAAUAUGAAAACUAGACUUGCAGUCAUUCGGUGCGCGCGUGAAAUGUGCAAAAUGGUGGAGACGUCGCUGGUGUUCGUGACGUACGUGCACAACCAAGAUGUCAGUCUUCGAGUGGCCCGCGUGUGCGGUAAGAGCAGCUCAGUUGCAUACACCCAGGCUUUGUUGUAAUGUGAACACUGUGUAUGAUGUGUGUUUGCUCAGGCUCAAGCCGCACGUGUAGAGAGCAUCUGCUGAAGUUUUCGUUGGAGCGCGCCAAGACUCUGAAUUUGUACAGCUCACAACCCAAUUUUGACGAGGAAGUGCAGGCAGAAAUCGCACUUGUGGAUCCGCAAUAAUCGCACUAAGCUAUUUAAUGCUCAAUCAAACAUGCAAGCCAACGCAACAAAUGCUUCAACGGUCGCAAACUCAUCUGCUCCUUGUAUGUAUUGUCUGCUGCUUGAAUGAAACUCGAGGAGCAUGAGCCUGCCUACCGUUGCACGUGCUUCUGUCUGCUGACUGUCUAUUCGAUGGUCUUGCCCUGCUUCUCGUACUCGGUCUCGAUCUGAGAGCAGUGGAAAUCCACCUCCUCGAAGAUCUCGCGCACGUUCUUGUCGGGUACCUCCAUCAAGUGCUUGCUGCCGUUGACUGCGUCACGUACAGGAAAAUAAAUACAGAGCAACUAUUAGACAACCGACUCUCAAUUAUCCCCAAGUAUUGCUGCAGCGACGUACUAAAGUCCAGCUUGAUCGUGGGCGCCGAGCCCGUCAGCGACGUCUGGUAGACGAUUUCCGCCUUAGGGUUCACCUUGC